CUCAUUUCUCUUUCAGUCAAGAUUUACACUCAUUAUCAAACACCAUUGCGUCCCACUUACGCUGCAUCCAUCCGGGCUCCACAAGUGUUUCGAUCGUUUAUCUAUACACCAUAUCGGUCAAUAUGCCUAACCGCAACGCCCGUCACAGGCGAUCAAAGAAGGCCGGAAAGGGUACGCAGAACCCCGUCGACAUUCCCUCGGACCCCAACCCAACGACCUCCUCGGAGACUUCGAAGCGAACCCCGAAGAACGAAUCGCCACCUGGCGCAUGGGCAUAUAGCGCUCACUCGCGCGAAGAGAUGGCACAAAGUAGGCUUUGGCCGCACGUCAGGAUAAUCCGAGGUAUUCGGCCAUAUGAUUGGGCCGUCGGACACGCAAUAUCCUGUCAAGCAGAGACAUAUCUGAGGUUAUUCGGUACUUCGGCCAUCUUAUUAUGUCAAGCAUGGCGAUACGCUACACAGUUGGUACUGCGACAUCUUACACAGCCUCAAGGUGAACCUCGACAAUACCCGCCCUCGCGACAAUCGCAAGACCGCUCUGUUUGGCAUCGUCUUUCUCAGGUUGAAAUAUCAUGAGACUGCGGUGGACGAGGGUGAUAGGUUGUCUUCUCUAUGGCUCAUCCAAUACACCAGGGAGUGCAAGCGCAUGACGAGAGAGUUGAAGAAGAGGGACUGGAUUGAGAGUCUAGAAUAUGGCGUGCACAACAACGUGGGACGGUAUGAAGUCAUGAGCAGCAAGGUUUGUGAGAGGAUCGCCGCGAUAGGCGCACCGUUAAAGGCGCGUUUGAGAGAGAGAUGCUUGAGGAGAGCUAGUGG